AUGGCAGAACUCCUUCUUAGGCCCUCGACACGCGCUCUACAGGCUUCAUUACGGAGCCGCAGGCCCAAUUGGCCCAUCAACGGCUCGAAGAGACGCUUCGCGACGGCAACAUCAAGCGGAGAUGCCGACUCCUUGCCCCUAGCGGGCAUCAAGGUCCUGGACAUGACUAGAGUGCUUGCUGGGCCCUAUUGCACGCAAAUAUUGGGAGACCUUGGAGCCGACGUUAUCAAGAUUGAGCACCCUAUACGAGGAGACGAUACCCGAGCUUGGGGGCCCCCAUACGCCAAAUACGUGCAAGGAGAACAUUCAGAUGGACCAGGAGAAAGCGCUUACUAUCUUGCGGUCAACCGUAACAAACGAUCACUAGGCCUCUCCUUCGCUCAUCCCGCCGGCGUCGAUAUCCUCCAUAGGUUAGUAAAGGAAUGCGACGUCCUUGUAGAGAACUACCUCCCUGGAUCAUUAAGCAAAUAUGCCAUGGACUACGCGACCGUAUCCAAGAUCAAUCCCGGUUUGAUCUAUGCGAGCAUCACAGGAUACGGCCAAACAGGGCCAUAUAGGGAUCGGGCCGGUUACGAUGUGAUGGUCGAAGCUGAGAUGGGCCUGAUGCACAUCACCGGCGCUCGAGAUGGCCCUCCAGUCAAAGUGGGCGUAGCGGUCACUGACCUCACAACCGGCCUUUACACAUCAAAUUCAAUCAUGGCAGCGCUUCUCGGGCGCAUAAAGUCUGGCAAAGGCCAGCAUAUCGACGUUGCGCUCAGCGACUGUCAAGUUGCGACACUUGCGAACAUCGCCAGCUCCGCGCUCAUCAGCGGUCAGAAGGACUCUGGCAGAUGGGGUACAUCGCAUCCAUCUAUUGUACCGUACAAAGCUUUUAAGACUUCCGACGGAGACAUUCUCCUCGGAGGCGGAAACGACCGCCUUUACGGCAUCCUAUGCACGAAGAUCGAAAAGCCAGAGUGGAUAGCAGACGAGAGGUUCAAAACCAAUGCUCUACGAGUUAAGAACCGGGAUACUCUAGAAGAGCUCAUCGAGAACGAGACAAGGAAGAAGACCACGAAAGAAUGGCUGGAUAUUCUGGAGGGCUGUGGCAUGCCCUACGCUGCCAUCAACGACAUUCAGGCAACACUAAACCACGAACACGUGGUUGCUCGAGGCAUGGUCCAGGAAGUCGACCACCCCUCUUGCGGACCUAUCAAGCUAGUAAACACUCCGGUGAAGUACUCAUAUUCGAAUCCUGGCAUCCGAACGCCGCCGCCCUCGCUUGGACAGCAUACGGGCGAGAUCUUGCAGGGCACAUUGGGCAUGAGUGAGGCAGACAUAGAGAGCCUUCGGAGCGAAGGUGUUGUAGCAUAG